AGCGCGAGAGGGGCAGAGAAAGAGAAAGAACGAGCGAGCGAGUCCGGGGCGCGCGCUCUGGGUACAGACACUGCCAUGAAGUUGCAAGUUAGUAACCAUUUCAUGUAGAUACUUUGUUUCUAUUCUUUUUUGAGGUAUUGUAUUUUUUUGCAUUGGAAUUGUUGCAAAGUCAGCAGAAGGGGCGGGGAUAGGGGGGAAUCCUGUGCACACAGUGAAACACACACAAUCCCCCUUCCCCCAGACAGACAGUGAGACACACACCCAGACACACAGUUGCCAGCGCGCACUUGGAGAAGCCCCCAUACACACACAUACACAUAGAGAGCCGGCGCCAUGUCGUCCGCGGCAGUCGCCUCGACCAGGAGACAAUCUUGCUAUCUGUGCGAUUUACCCCGCAUGCCGUGGGCGAUGAUCUGGGACUUCACGGAGCCCGUCUGCAGAGGAUGCGUCAACUACGAAGGAGCCGACCGCAUCGAGUUCGUGAUCGACACCGCCCGUCAGCUCAAGAGAGCACACGGAUUCCAGGACGGCCGCUCGCCCGGUCCAGUUCCGACCGCGGGCAAAGCCACGCUGACUAAAGAGCCCACCGCUCAGCUGGUGCACCCGGAGAGCUGCUCAUCGCGCCCACCCCAGCCUUUGGACCGUUACCCCUUAGCCUCUGACCGGCCGCCUCCUCGCCUCGAAUUCCCUUCAUCUCGGCAGAACGGCACCGGCAACGUGUUGAACGGAUACUCGAAAGCCGACGAACCACCGGAGCUGAACCGGCAGAGCCCGAACUCGAGGCGGGCGCACGGCGCACCCCCUCCGCCCAACUUGGUGCCCAUGGUGAAUGGGAGUUCGCACCCUCUGCCGCCGCCGCCGCCGCCAACUCACCCGUCGCACGGCGUCAACGGGCGCCUCGUGGAUGUAAACAAACGGCCGGGCGGCUCGAGCGCCGAGCACGAGGCCAAGGACAGCAAGCACCGGGCGGACGAACUGCCCGACAGCCUGAAGAGCCGAGCCGACGACUGGGCUACCAAACCCAAGACGGUAAAGGACACGCUGCUAAGUCUACCUGCCCACCCGCCCUUCGACGUCCGAUUCAAGAAGGAGCACCCUCUCCAGCACGGCCGGGUGCUCGCCUUCGAUGCCACAGCGUCGGCCAAAUCAGGUACCCGAGGAGGCCGCAAGAGGAAAGCAUCCCCCGAGCCUGAGUCUGAAGGUGGGGGACCACCCCUCGGCAACAAGGUCAACGGAGAGGGGCAGUCGUGGCUGCCGCUCUCGGCCGACGGCUUGAAGGUGACCCCUGUGUCGUACGCCCCGUCACCUUCUCCACACUCGACGCCGCCGGACGCCGGGCAGAACGGACAGUCGCCCAUGGCGGCUCUGAUACUGGUGGCGGACAACGCGGGCAGCGUGCACUCACCCAAGGAAGCCGGUCAGGUUCACUCGACCACCCGCCGCAACAGCAGCAGCCCCCUCUCGCCGUCCUCGCUCAACCAGCGGCGACUGGGUCACCGCGACGUGCCGCCGGCGCCGGUGGGCACCCCUCACCCGGGCAUGGAGCCGGUCCACCCGCCAAACAUUCCAGACUCCUCGGUGCCCAGCAGCGUGCCGCUCUGCUGUACAAUAUGCCACGAACGCUUGGAGGACACUCACUUCGUGCAGUGCCCGUCGGUGCCCUCGCACAAGUUCUGCUUCCCUUGCUCCCGGGAGAGCAUCAAGCAGCAAGGGGCCACCGGCGAAGUGUACUGCCCCAGCGGCGACAAGUGCCCGCUGGUCGGCUCCAACGUACCCUGGGCCUUCAUGCAAGGUGAGAUCGCCACCAUUCUGGCUGGAGACGUCAAAGUAAAGAAAGAGAGAGACCCGUGAUUCGUUUGUGUGUUGUGUUUUUUUAAAAGAAAGACACUCUUUUGAAACCUUACCCCUCCACCAGAAAAACUGAUUAAUUGUAUAUAUUCAACAAGUAAACAUGGCUGUAAAAUUUUGAUUUUCAAUACAUUGUCUUUCUAUAUUUUUUGAAGAUUUCCGAGGUAUGUUCUCAUAAUGACCGUCCCCAAUUUUUCUCUCUGUUGAUGUAAAUCGUUAUUAUACCCUAAUGGCGAAAUCUUUCUGUACUGGCCUUUUCUUGGUGACAGUAACUGUUAAAUGUAAGACUGUGACUAACAUUGCUUCCAAAGCACUUCGCAAAAAAAUCCCUGAAUGCUUCUAGCUGUACCUGUAUGCACUUGUUAAAAUUGCCAAAUACAGUUUUCUGGCAUUUUAUUAAUACCUUUUAGUGUGUGUGACUACUUCUUCCUUGUAACCAGUAAGGUUUUGGCGGGUGGAGCGUUGGUAUUGUGCAUUGACAGUGCUGAUCAGUGUGAUGUCACUGUAUACAGUAGGGCGUGAGGUUGUAUACAAGUACAAGGAACCUGCUACGGUUUGACCUUGAAAACUGCAGACUUUUCUCUUUUAGUGUGGAGAACAUGGCAACAUAGUGCGUGUACUUUGACUCUAGUAACGUGGCUUUUAUAA